UUAAUUUUUCAAGAGGUGGGGAACCGAUCAAGUAAUUUUUAACAUUAUAAUAAUUUUAUCAUCCAGAAAAGCAUUAACUUUAUGAAAUAUUUAAGAAGUAAUUUUUUUAAUUUUCCAAGGAAAUUGUGAUUUAUAUUUAAUGAAUCGGGAAAGGAUAAGAAGUUGAAAAACUAAGAAUGCAGCUCAUCACGUAAAACGUGGUUACAGAGCACCAUGUGGACACGAAUAACAAACAUGGACUUUGCUUUCCCACUUGUGAUUAGAAACCAAGCUGAGGGUGAGUAGUCGCUCCAUACAUCCGUUAUGUAUGUACCUGAUUGCUUGCGUGUCGUGCUCAAGUUACCCUUAAUUGCGAUUCAAUUCUAAAGUGUCACACACCAGACCCAGCCAGCCUUACACAACACAGUUUCUUCGGCUUCCGCUAUGACCAGCGGUACGGUAACCACCGGUGCUCAGUUCGGUACCUAUAUACCUCAAAGGAUUUUUGUUGGUGGAAUUCCAAGAGAUACGACUGAAAAUGACCUAAAAUCUUUCUUCACCUCGCACGGAUCGGUCAAAGACUCGAAAAUCAUCAUCGACAAAGGAGGCGCCUCUCGUGGCUACGCUUUUAUUACUUUUGAAAAACAAGAGGACGCCGAACGUCUCGCGUCCAAAGAUGGGGAACCAAUUUUCUUUCGUGGCCGAAGGCUUAAUAUCGGUCCCGCUGUCAAGCGUCACAUACCACACCAGAGUCCAUCUCCCACGGUUGACGCCAGAGAAGUAACCCCAAAUGCAGUUUAUUACAACGGGCUCGGCUAUGCCUAUCAAAAUGCCAUGACCUUGUUGCAAGCCGACGACAACUAUACAGUGGCACCAACUUCCGCCUAUCCAACCAGUACUGUCUUACUUUCACAACCUCAGAAUAGCUAUAUUACGCCGGCUACCAAUUAUUCCUACCAUCUCGGUUCUACUCAGUGGCUGCCACCUGCCGCUCACUGGACUAUUGCCCAACCGUCUGCCACAAGUCCGUACCUGAACGCCAACCCGGCUUACUACUAUGCUGCUAACUUACCUAGCGUCCAGUACGCACCCGAGUUUAUGUACCAGGCUCAAGCUGCUACUGGAGCUGCAACUGGCUACCCAUACUCUCAUGCUGCCAGUCCUGUAGACCCAAGUCAGUACAUUGAAAACUAUCAACUGGAAACUCAGGGCAACGAAGCUACAGACAACGGGAAUGGAUCGUCAGAAAUGGCCUCAGAAUAUUUACAAACGCAAACGGCGCCACUGCCGACAAAACCUACCCUUAUCGCCUACCCGCGUCGACCGAACGUUGCAAUGAGCGCCCACCUACAUCAACCCUAUUCGAAUGCUGUCCUACUGAAACACCCAAAGAAAGGCCCCACGGUCAUACCGUCUACCCCACAAAGUAUUUUGCAGAAGUCUUUCACUACGGAACCUGUCGACGGAGUUGGCAAUUUAUUACUGACACCCCCUGCAACGCCGAGUACCAAAUAAAAACUUUUCGGCGAUUGUGGACUGAUAUAUUUCCUUUCCUCUCACUCUCUGUGUUGGUACCAGAAGUUUGGUAACUUGCAAACAGCAAUUAACAACCUAUAAAAAAAAAUAUUUAAUACCCCUCAGAAAUAAGCCACUCUUAUCUAGUUUACUUUUUCAUUAAUAUGACAAAAUGUAAAAAAAAAAACAAAAAAAAAACUAAUUUAUUAAACUCCUAAUCCUUGUCUUUUUUUUUUUCCUACAAAAGGAUUAAGGCGAUAACUAGAAUGCACCUUCUCUCACACUCUCCUCCUCUAUUCUGUUAUCGAUAAUUCCCCUCGCACUGGGAGGGGUGAAAAAAAAGAAGUUGCUUAAUGUUACCUUCCAGGCCACCCACAUCCUAAUCUUCAACUCUUGUCACUUUGACCCCUUCUAUCUUUCUCUCUCACCCCCUCCCCCUUCGAGAAAUAUAUAAUUUUCUUUUGCUUGCUAUAUAUUAACGACAGGAUGAUAAGAAACGCUCCACCAUCACCAUUAUUACUUAACGAGCCUGUCUGAAAAUUAAAAUCUCGACAUGCACACACAUGCUUUAGGAGGGCGGGAGUGGACUUAGCUUUCUGCCACCCACCUAUACCACCAUUUUUUUUUUUUUUAAUGUGCCCCUCCCCAACAUCAGAUUUCCACCCCCAUUGGCACUAUGAAGGAAAGAUCAGUUGGAGUCUUUCUACACACAAUUAUAUAACACACACACAAAGGUAGACUCGAUUGUUGUUAGUACUUGUCCAGUUUAACAUGUACCUACAAUAUGCACACAUGCAUGCAUUCCAAGUGCAGUAUUUAUCUUGUACACACAAACACACACACACACACACACACGUACAUACAUCUGCCAAAUGAACUGCUGGAAAUAUAUAAGCAGAGAUUUUGUGUGCUCCUAGCAUAUAUAUUACAAACAACACAUACACACACAUCUAUAUAGCACUCGGACACAGUUCCAUUACAGCUGGCACAGUCAGCCUCUCAUAUAAUGAAUGUAUCUUCUGAAGAAAGUGAAUAAAAAAAAA